AAGCAUCGACACCGGCGGCGACGAUAACGACCAAUUGGAUCCCUAUUAUUCAACGCGCUUCCUUCAUGAACGCGCCUUUCCUACGCGUUGGGUUUCGAUUCGCGUUCCCUUAUCCUAAUCACUUUGUGCUCUUCUCUUUCUUCCUAUAAAUUGUGAACGCUCUUCACUUUCCUUUGCAUCUUGUGCUUUGCUUCACCAAAGUAAUUCAUAGAGAGAGAAAGAGAGAGAGAGAGAGGGUAGCGAAUGGCGAAGCUUGGAGGAAUUAAGGAAGUGGGGGGCAGCGCCAACAGCGUAGAGAUCGACAGCCUCGCGCGCUUCGCUGUCGAUGAACACAACAAGAAAGAGAAUGCGCUUCUCGAGUUUGGAAAAGUUGUGAAUACGAAAGAGCAGGUUGUUGCUGGAACAAUGUAUUAUAUAACACUGGAGGCGAAAGAUGGUACUCAGAAGAAAGUUUAUGAGGCAAAGGUUUGGGUGAAGCCAUGGAUGAACUUCAAGGAGCUGCAAGAAUUCAAGCUCAUUGGUGAUGCUCCUGCCGAGCCUUGUGCUUAGCUAGGUAGGUGAUUACAACCACCCAACCCUUCGGAUCGGAUGUACUUGCAGCUGAAUUAUCCAUAUCCUUCGAAGGGGGUAGAAGGGGCUUAAGUGUUAUCCAUAAUGCAUUGAUGAGAGCUUCUGUCAAUUGGCAGUUCUGUACUUACUCUCUACUACUAUAAUCUAUUUUAUCCUUGUGUCAGUUGGCAUCUGCACUCUUUACUAUGUGUUCUCUGUGUGGAAAUUAUAUCCCCCAUGUUCUGUACUUUACGGGAGGGACUAGGAGUGCUGGAUUUCGAUUUUUAAUGGGUUUAAGAAAUAAAAGCUGCCCUGUUAGUAGAUCUGA